AUGACUACUAUAAACUCUAAUAUUAAUAAUGGCAAUUAUUACAUUAUAGCCGACCAUCUGCGAACUAUAAUUUUUGCUUUGGCUGACGGGGCAAUUUUUGAAUCUAAGGGGCGUGAAAGUUUACAAACCGUUAGCGAAAAACUGAUUGUUCUUAAUUCCUCUUAUUAUCCGUAUUUACUAGAAAAAAAAGACUUAAUAAUAUCAGAUGUCAAGCAAGAACUUACUAAAUCUCGAAGACUAAUUAGCGGAGCCAUAGACCAACUAAAUAACUAUUACUCGCCCAGUAUUACGGCCCAAGACACAUAUUUAGCCCAGAAAAAUCAUCCUUUUCCUACUACUACUUUCAACGAACUAUUAACUCAACAAAAAGAAAAAGGGCACGCCGACCGUUAUGUGCAAAUGCCUAAAUUUUAUUUAUAUAUGCCAGAAUUGGAGAAUAUUCGUAAUAUCGGAAUUGCCGGACAUAUUGACCAUGGAAAAACUACUAUUACCGAACAAAUACUUUAUCUGGCAGGAGGAACACACAAUGUUGGCCGAGUAGAUGAAGGAAGUCACAUUGAUUUUACUGCCGAAGUCGAAAGGUGUUUGCGGGUUUUAGACGGAACCAUAAUAAUGAUUGACGGACAAACAGGAGUUAAGCCCCAAACCAAAAAAGUCUGGCGGCAAGCCAACAAAUAUGGUAUUCCACGACUUAUCUUUGUUAACAAGAUGGAUAAGAUAGGGGCUAAUUUUUUCACUACUCUUAAUUCUAUUAAGGAAAAAUUAAAUGCUUUACCAUUAGUUUGUCAAUUGCCAAUCGGAUCAGAAAACAAUCUACAAGGCGUUAUCGAUCUUAUUGAAAAAAAGGCUUACUAUUAUCGCUUGGGGAAUGUGCACUAUUAUCGCCAAGAAUUACUAGAAAAGAUUAUUGAAUACGACGAAAAAUUGGGAAAUAAAUACUUAAAUGAAGAGGAAUUAACUGUCGGGGAAAUGAAAUACUUACUCCGUAAAGCAACUUUAAGUGGCAAAUGUUAUCCGGUUUUUUCCGGUUCGGCUUUUAAGAAUGUGGGAGUGAAGUUUCUUUUGAAUGGAAUAGUAGAUUAUCUGCCUUCUCCUCAGGAUGCUCCGGCAGUUCUUGUUUCUCGGUUCGAGAAAAACACGGCACAACUAGAAAAAAAUACGGAAAUUAUUUUGGCUAACUCUUAUGUUUAUAAUAUUAACCAGCGAAAGAAAGAAAGAAUUAGUCGUUUGGUGCGAGUAUACGCUAACAAAACAGAAGAAAUUAAGCAAGUGGGGGUGGGAGACAUUGCUGCUGCCUAUGGUUUACGACAAACCGUCACUGGUGAUACUUUGGGUAUCGAGUUCGACGAGCCGGUUAUUUCUCGAGCUGUGGAAGCCAAGUCCAAUAAAGAUAAUGAUAAACUAAGCGAAGUUCUGAAAAAAUUAACCGUUCAAGACCCCGGACUGAAAUACCAAAUUGACAAAAAAACUGGUCAAAUUUUACUUUCGGGACGAGGAGAGUUACACUUAGAAACUUCGAUAGAAAGAUUACGAGAAAAAUACGGAAUUGAGGUCAAUACCGGCCAGCCUAAAAUUUCUUAUUUGGAAACUAUUACUAAACCAGCCCUAAUUAAGUCGGAAUACAUAAAACAAAGCGGAGGACGAGGGCAUUUUGCUCGGGUUUUUAUUCAAUUCGAACCGAUUUCUACUGAACCCAAAGAACGGGGAAAAAGAGAGUUAGAAUUCCUUAAUAAAAUCCGGGGUGAAGCAAUUCCCAAAGAAUUUGCUGAAUAUGUAAAAGUAGGAUUAGAAGAAGCGUUGGCCGCCGGUUUACUUCUAAGCUAUAAAACUGUCGAUGUUAAAGCCACCUUGAUAGAUGGAAAGACUCAUCCAGUCGAUUCGCGCAAAGAGGAUUUUAAAGAAGCCGCAGUUUUGGCGUUUCGUGGAGACAGCGAAGAGGAAAGAAGAAAAAGAAAAUUAGAACUAGGGAUGGUUUUACUAGAACCAAUUAUGGAAUUAGAAGUGACUAUUCCUGAAAAUUACUACGGGGAUGUUUUAAACGACAUAAUUUCCCGGAAAGGAGUAAUUGAUAAAGUAGACCGAAGUGAAAAAGACCCCAUUAUCCAAGCUUAUGUUCCCUUGGCCAAUCUACUUAAUUAUAAUGCUGACCUUCUGGAUGCCACCGGAGGAGAAGGAAUAUUUAACAUGGAAUUAUCUUAUUACCAAGAAGUUCCGUCUGACACCUUAACCAAACUAAUUAAAGAAAAACAAUUAAUAACUUAA